CAAAACAAGUCGCCAAUUUCUUUCUUUCUUUAUCUCUCACACGCACUGGUACACCGUUCAUUAGCCACGUCCUAGGACCACCGCACAUGCUGGUUCCCCGAGGCCGGUUGUUCAAGGGUGUUUUCGCUUCGUUACAAUCAACUUUCACCAACAGUCAUCUGCGCUUGACUCAUUCCCCGCCAUUGACGGGCCGUACAAGUUCCGCACGUUCAUAUCAAACCACCAAAACACUUUACACUGGAUACCAUAUUUUGAACUUUACGACAAUGAUGGAGGCCUCUCAAAAUACCCCUGCGCAAAGCAUUGACGAGCUCGCAUCGAUUCUCCAAGGAGUCGGCGUCUCGGAGGUGCCCAAGAUGCCAAACACAUAUCCAGAGCUAAAUCCGUUCGACGUUUAUAGGGCGCACAUUACUGAGCUGUUAGCGAGUAUAUGUGACGUGGAGAAGAGCAUAAUAUUGGCGGCGAUGCAGUGGACAACAACUCUCGAGAAAGGAGACCUGCAAUUACCAGUCCCGGCCCUGAGGAAGAAGGGUGUGAAACCAGACGCGCUUGCCAAAGAGCUGGCAGAGAAGUUUCCUGAAUCAGUCCUCGUAGAAAGGCCGACCGUAGUCGGUGUCUCACUCGCUUUCUUCUUCAAAACUUCACCCCUUACAAAACUCAUCGUUCCUUUCGUUCUCAAGAAUGGCGCCAAGUGUGGCUUCAAUCCGAAUUUCGGUCUUCGUGACCCCACCGAUCCAAGCAAAGGCAAGAAGAAGAUGAUUGUGGAGUUCUCAUCACCAAACAUAGCAAAGCCUUUCCACGCGGGACAUUUGAGGAGUACAAUUAUUGGUGGUUUCUUGGCAAAUCUAUAUGAGGGUGCAGGAUGGGACGUCACCAGGAUGAAUUACCUAGGAGACUGGGGAAAGCAAUACGGUGUGCUCGCGGUCGGGUUUGACAAGUUCGGCAGCGAAGCAGAAUUGGUAAAGAACCCUAUCGGUCACUUGUACGAAGUAUAUGUCAAAAUCUCAGCGAUAUCACGAGAAGAGAAGGAAGUCAUGGAUGCAAAGGAAGAAGAAAUCAAGAAACUCCAGGAGGCAAAGGAGCCUACUGGAGAAAAAGAAGCGGAACUGCAGGCCUUAAUUGACAAGGGUGUCGACGAGCAAGCCCGCAAAUACUUCAAGCGCAUGGUUGACGGCGACUCAGAAGCGCUCGGUGUCUGGAAACGAUUCCGCGACCUGUCCAUCGUCAAAUACAAAGACACCUAUGCGCGCCUCAACAUCCGCUAUGACGAAUACUCUGGCGAGUCCCAAGUACAAGACGCCAGCAUGGAUGAAGCGGCCAAGAUUCUCGAAGAAAAAGGCAUUUCUCACGUCGACCGCGGCGCCGUUCUCGUGGAUCUAAGCAAGCAUCAAAAGAAGCUCGGCAAGUGCCUCGUCAAGAAAAAGGACGGUACUUCGCUCUACCUCACCCGCGACAUCGGCGCUGCCACUGAGCGCUUCGAGAAAUAUCACUUCGACAAAAUGAUCUACGUUGUGGCAAACCAACAAGACCUACACCUAGCGCAGCUCUUCAAGAUCAUGGAACUCAUGGGCCGCACCGACAUCUCAUCUCGCUGCGAACACAUCAACUUCGGCAUGGUGCUGGGCAUGAGCACACGCAAGGGCACGGCGCGCUUUCUCGAUGACAUCCUGCGCGACGUCGGCGACAAGAUGCACGAGGUGAUGCGCGGCAAUGCAGACAAAUACGCCGAGGUGGAAGACCCGCACAAGACGGCCGAUACCCUGGGCAUCAGCGCUGUCAUGGUGCAGGACAUGAAGGGCAAGCGCGUCAACAACUACGAAUUCAACAUGGACCGGAUGUGUUCGUUCGAAGGCGACACGGGCCCGUACCUGCAAUACGCACAUGCACGCAUCACGAGCAUCACGCGCAAGGCACCGCUGUCGCUCGAGGAACUUCUCAGCGCCGAUCUGAGCCUACUUACGGAGCCUAAGGCAAUGGAUCUCGUUCGCACGCUGGCGUGUUGGCCUGAUGUGUUUGUCAACACGGUCAAGACGCAGGAGCCGACGACGGUACUGACGUACCUGUUCAAGAUGGUGCAUACGCUGAGUAGCAGUUACGAGGUGCUCAAGGUCGUGGGCAGCGAGGAGGAGCUGAAGAAGGCGAGGGCGGCGCUGUUGGUUGCGGCGAAGCAGGUACUGGGCAAUGGGAUGAGGUUGCUGGGCUUGAGUCCCGUGGAGAGGAUGUAAGCGGGGCGUGCAGGAAGGAAUGCGUCAUUAUGGGAUGGGAUUAAGGGAAAAGUAUUGCAUUUGUGAUGUAUAUUUCUAGAUACCGCUUUGAUUAUCAUGUGGGCGUGGUUUCACGGGACAUGAAUAAAGCUCGCGUUUCGAUGGCAUCGCGUAGUAUAGUAUAUCCAAGAUGACCUUCUUUGGCUACCUGACUGCCUACCGAUACGCACAGACCGCGCGACUCAGAGACAAAAGCA